CCUCCCAGGGCUUCACCCCUAGCUAUGGCUGCCGGCCCCGCGUCCCACGGUGGGUGCCCCCGUGCGCAGAUGCCUCACCUAAGCAAGAUGGAGCGGGUGGUCGUGAGUAUGCAGGACCCCGACCAGGGCGUGAAGAUGCGGAGCCAGCGGCUGCUCAUCACAGUCAUUCCACACGCGGUGACCGGCAGCGACGUCGUGGAGUGGCUGAUCCAAAAGUACUGCAUCUCAGAGGAGGAGGCCCUGCACCUGGGCGUCCUCCUGGUUCGGCACGGCUACCUGUACGCCCCGCGCGCCCCGCAGCCCCGGCUGCAGCUAGACCAGACGCUCUACAGGUUCCAGACACCCUAUUUCUGGACGAGCACUCUGUGGCCAGCGGCGGAGCUUGACUAUGCCAUCUACCUGGCCAAGAAGAAUAUCCGAAAGCAGGGGGCCCUGGUUGACCAUGAGAAGGAGCACUACGACCAGCUGCACAGAAAGAUCAACCACACGUGGGACCUGGUAGUGAUGCAGGCGCGAGAACAGCUGCGGGCUGCUAAGCAGCGCAGGAAGGCGGACAGGCUGGUCAUUGCGUGCCAGGAGCAGACGUACUGGCUGGUGAACAGGCCCCCGCCUGGGGUGCCGAGUGUGCUGGAGCAGGGUCCAGAGCGGGGCUCCAGCAUGGCCAGGCGAGUGCAGAUGAACACGGAUUUCUACAAGCGGGAGAUCGAGUGCCACACGAAGGCCCUGGGCAGGGUCCGGGCGAAGUCCUCCGUCUGCCUGGAGGCGUACCUGAAGUUCAGCCGUCAGCACGGCCCGCAUGACCCCAUCAUGUCGGGGUGCCUGCCCAGCAACCCCUGGAUCACAGAUGAUGACACCUACUGGGCCAUGAACGCACCCAAUGUGGCUGCACCCACGAAGCUCCGCGUGGAGCGGUGGGGCUUCAGCUUCCGGGAGCUCCUGGCAGACCCUGUGGGCCGGGCCCAUUUCAUGGACUUUCUCAGGAAAGAGUUCAGCGCCGAGAACCUCAGCUUCUGGGAGGCGUGUGAGGAGCUGCGCCACGGAGGGCAGGCCCAGAUCCCCGCCCUGGUGGAUUCCGUGUACCAGCAGUUCUUGGCCCCGGGCGCUGCCCGCUGGGUCAACAUCGACAGCCAGACGAUGGAGCGGACCCUGGAGGGCCUGCGCCAGCCCCACCGCUACGUGCUGGAGGAUGCCCAGCUGCACAUCUACAUGCUGAUGAAGAAGGACUCCUACCCGAGGUUCCUGAAGUCGGACAUGUACAAAGGCUUGUUGGCAGAGGCCAUGAUACUCCCGGAGACAAAGCGACGAGUGUUCCCAUUCAUGUGGAAGCCACGGCAUUCGAGCCUGAGCCCUGCUCUCCCUCCUGCUUCUGCUUCAGUGGAACCUGCAGCUGCUGCAGGUGGCCCUGGGGGUGCUGAUGGGGAGGCCUAGGUGGGCCUGAGCCUGGAGGAGGUUCCACCCCUCGCCUCUCACCACCCUCUUCUCACCCAGGGUCCUGGCAGCUGCCCAGACCCCCAGCAUGGGCAUCCCCUAGUGCACCAAGGGUGUAGCCUUGCUGUGGGGCACACAAGUCAGACCUCCCAGAAGGGAUUGGGCCGGGUGCUGACUCCCAGGGAGGGGGUGUCAUUGGCCGAGCUUGGGUCGCCUGGAGAAAGGUGGGCCGAGAUGGGCAAACCAGAGCAAGGCCACGCUCCUGGCAUGUGGCAGUCUUCAGCUCCUGGUGCCCACCCCCCAUCUCCAGACCACUACAUUAGCAGGCAAGUACCUG